UCUACGGCUUGGUGCAUGUGGUGAUCACGUGUGCGAAACGUGGGCAAUGAUGCAUCGUCCUAGAUGUCUGCCCAUUAUGUCAGUCUCGCCUUCUCUUCACCCACCGAGCACGUCAUACCGUAGCUCCUGUCCUACAUCUACACCAUCUUUCUUCCCAUCCAUCUACGACGCCAGGAUCUGCCGACCCUGCAUCAACAACCCUGACCCCGACUGCCAUCCGCAUCGAAGCUCGAAGCUACCCCGCCAUCCACCCCACCACUUCCAGCCCUACCGCGCAAACACACCCAACAUUGCCCACAAACAUGUCGCACUCACACUGCCACGACGAGCAUCACGACCACUCCCACGCUGACGGCCACGACCACAGCGACGACAUCACCCCAGCCCUCCAGAACAUCCUCUACGAACAACUCGACUUCCCCAAGCUCGUCACGCUCAACGAAGAUGAAUCCAACAGCGGUCGCGCAAUCUGCCAGAAGACAUGGGCCCAGCGCCUCGAACCCGAGCCCGAGCUGAAGAGCAGCGCCGAUGAACAAAUCCUUAUGACGGUGCCUUUUACAGGCCAAGUCCGACUACAUUCCAUCAUCCUACGAACGAGCCCUGGCCCCGACUGUCCCAAGACCCUCAAAGUCUUCGUCAACGAAGAUUCGCUCGAUUUUGAAACCGCGGCCGAAAAGGAACCCACACAGAUACUGGAAAUCAGUCAGACGAGCGAGGUGCAAGAGAUACCCGUCAAGAGGGCCAAGUUCGGCACAACACGCAGUCUGAGCUUAUUUUUCGAGGACAACUGGAGUAAUGGCGAAGAGGACGAGACGAGAAUAAGCUAUCUGGCGUUCAAGGGCGACUUUAUGAAGCUCAACAAGGAGGCUGUGUCUGUCAUGUACGAGGCCGCUGCGAAUCCCAAUGAUCAUAAGAAUAUUGUAGGAAUUGGACAGGGUGUAGGACGGAGUAUACAGUAAGAAGACGAGCGCCUGGCUAAGGCGACAUGGCCAUGUUGAGGGAGCUUCACAUUGGGAAUGGCGCACGGUAUGGUGUCAAAUCAGGUUCAUCAGGGUCAUUAUCAGU